AUGACCAGAAAGAAAGUGAAUCUUGUUUAUAUUACCGACGAUGCAACAAGGAAAGCUUCCUACAAGAAAAGAAAAAAGGGUUUAAUGAAGAAAGUGAGUGAACUGAGUACACUGUGUGGGGUCGAUGCUUGUGCUAUUAUGUAUAGCCCUUAUGAGCCUCAACCCGAGGUUUGGCCAUCCCCCAUGGGAGUCCAACAAGUGCUGGCCAAGUUCAGGCAGAUCCCCGAGAUGGAACAAAGUAAGAAGAAGGUGAACCAAGAGAGUUUCCUUAUCCAAAGGAUCACCAAAGCCAAUGAACAACUCAAGAAACAGUGUAGGAUCAAUCGGGAAAAGGAGAUGACCCAUCUCAUGUUCCAAAACCUCAUGGGCAAUGCCAGCAUCGAAGGUUUAAAUAUGAUGGACUUGAAUGAUCUCGGGUGGUUGAUCGAUCAGAAGCUGAAGGAGAUCGAAAAGAGGAUUGAUACACUUAGCCAAACAUCCCAUGAUCCCCAAGGUUCAUCCUCAUCCGUGGCUGCAACACCAUCGAUGAUGUCCGAAGCAAUGCCGAGGACAAGUCUCGGGGACAGCGUGCAAACGGAGGCGAACAACAUGUAUUCGAUGGAGGGUCAACACUGGACUAUGGAGCUGAUGAAUAAUAAUCCACAAAGUUAUGUGGGAUUUGGUGACGAUGAAAUGGUGUUCCCAUUUGGGGAUAACAUUAAUGUCAACAAUAAUGCAUUUUUCGCAUGA